UCUUCCUUCGCUUGCUGGCUGGUGGAGUUUCCCAGGUUUGCCGGGCUUCUCAGCAAAAAAAUGGUUCAACAAGUUCCAGAAAACAUCAAUUUUCCUGCUGAAGAAGAGAAAAUCUUGCGGUUUUGGUCUGAAUUUAAUUGUUUUCAAGAAUGCUUAAAGCAAUCAAAACAUAGGCCAAAGUUUACUUUCUAUGAUGGUCCUCCUUUUGCAACUGGACUCCCUCAUUAUGGACAUAUCCUUGCAGGGACAAUUAAAGAUAUAGUUACAAGAUAUGCUCACCAGAGUGGGUUUCAUGUUGACAGAAGAUUUGGAUGGGAUUGUCAUGGCUUACCUGUGGAAUAUGAAAUUGAUAAGACACUGGGAAUCAGAGGACCAGAGGAUGUGGCCAAAAUGGGGAUUGCAGAGUAUAAUAAUCAGUGCCGAGCAAUCGUGAUGAGAUAUUCGGCUGAGUGGGAGUCUACUGUUACCAGACUUGGGCGAUGGAUUGAUUUUGACAAUGACUACAAAACUUUGUAUCCAGAAUUCAUGGAGUCUGUCUGGUGGGUCUUCAAACAGCUCUAUGAUAAAGGACUUAUUUAUAGAGGCGUGAAAGUCAUGCCCUUCUCCACUGCAUGCAACACUCCACUUUCUAACUUCGAAUCACACCAGAAUUAUAAGGAUGUUCAAGAUCCUUCAGUAUUUAUAACUUUCCCUUUGGAGGAAGAUGAAAAUAUAUCUUUAGUUGCUUGGACAACCACUCCCUGGACUCUACCUAGUAACCUUGCCCUCUGUGUCAAUCCAGAUAUGCAAUAUGUGAAGAUAAAAGAUAUUGCUAGAGAAAAAUUACUCAUUUUAAUGGAAGCCAGAUUAUCAGCCCUCUAUAAGCUGGAGAGUGACUAUGCGAUCCUUGAAAGAUUUCCUGGUGCCUAUCUUAAAGGCAAGAAGUAUAGGCCCCUAUUUGACUACUUUUUGAAGUGUAAAGAGAAUGGUGCUUUCACUGUACUUGUUGACAACUAUGUGAAGGAAGAGGAAGGCACAGGCGUUGUACACCAGGCCCCUUACUUUGGUGCUGAUGACUAUCGGGUUUGUAUGGAGUUCAACAUUAUCCAGAAAGACUCAUUACCUGUUUGCCCUGUGGAUGCUUCAGGUUGCUUCACAGAAGAAGUGACACAUUUUGCAGGACAGUAUGUGAAGGAUGCUGACAAACAUAUCAUAAGGACCUUAAAGGAACAAGGGCGACUUCUUGCUGCCAGCACCUUCACUCACAGCUACCCUUUCUGCUGGAGGUCAGACACUCCCCUCAUUUACAAAGCAGUACCCAGCUGGUUUGUGCGAGUGGAGCUCAUGGUGGAACAGCUGCUAAGGAACAAUGACCUGUGCUACUGGGUUCCAGAGUUCGUAAGAGAAAAGCGAUUUGGAAAUUGGCUGAAAGAUGCACGUGACUGGGCAAUUUCCAGAAACAGAUACUGGGGCACCCCUAUCCCACUGUGGGUCAGCGAUGACUUUGAGGAGGUAGUAUGCAUCGGGUCAGUGGCAGAACUUGAAGAACUGUCAGGAGUAAAGGUAGCAGAUCUCCAUAGAGAGAGCAUUGACCACCUAACCAUUCCUUCACGCUGUGGGAAGGGAUCAUUGUGCCGUGUCUCUGAAGUGUUCGACUGUUGGUUUGAGAGUGGCAGCAUGCCCUAUGCUCAAGUUCAUUACCCAUUUGAAAGCAAGAGGGAAUUUGAGGAUGCCUUUCCUGCAGACUUCAUUGCUGAAGGGAUCGACCAAACCAGAGGAUGGUUUUACACCCUGCUAGUGCUGGCCACAGCCCUUUUUGGACAACCGCCUUUCAAGAAUGUGAUUGUGAAUGGACUAGUCUUGGCAAGUGAUGGUCAAAAAAUGAGCAAACGAAAAAAGAAUUAUCCAGAUCCAGUUGCAGUCAUCAAUAAGUAUGGUGCUGAUGCUCUCAGAUUAUACCUGAUUAACUCCCCUGUAGUGAGAGCAGAAAACCUCCGCUUUAAGGAGGAGGGAGUACGAGACGUCCUUAAAGAUGUGCUGAUCCCAUGGUACAAUGCAUAUCGCUUCUUCAUCCAGAAUGUUCUGAGACUCCAAAAGGAAGAAGAAAUAGAAUUUCUUUACAAUGAGAACAUGGUUAAAGAAAGCCCCAACAUUACAGACCGGUGGAUCCUGUCCUUCAUGCAAUCCCUGGUUGGGUUCUUUGAGACUGAAAUGGCGGCUUAUAGGCUUUAUACUGUGGUGCCUCGCCUGGUCAAGUUUAUAGAUGUGCUGACUAAUUGGUAUGUUAGAAUGAACCGCAGAAGAUUCAAGGGUGAAAGUGGGGCAGAAGAUUGUGUUACGGCCCUAGAAACCUUAUUCAGUGUUCUCCUUUCUCUUUGCAGAUUAAUGGCCCCCUACACACCUUUUCUCACUGAGUUGAUGUAUCAGAAUCUAAAGGUGUUGAUUGACCCUGUUACUGUUCAGGACAAGGACACACUUAGCAUCCACUACCUCAUGCUGCCCCAUGUUCGAGAGGAAUUGAUUGACAAGAAAACUGAGAGUGCAGUAUCUAGAAUGCAGUCUGUGAUCGAACUUGGGCGAGUGAUCCGAGACCGUAAAACUAUUCCAAUAAAGUAUCCUUUGAAAGAAGUUGUGGUUAUCCAUCAAGAUCCAGAAGCUCUUAAAGAUAUCAGAUCUUUGGAGAAAUAUAUCAUUGAGGAAUUGAAUGUUCGAAAAGUUACACUGUCUACCGAUAAAAACAAAUACGGCAUUCGACUAAGGGCAGAACCGGAUCACAUGGUCCUGGGGAAGCGUCUGAAGGGAGCCUUUAAGACAGUAAUGACAUCCAUCAAGCAGUUGAACAGUGAGGAGCUGGAACAGUUCCAGAAAAGUGGGACCAUUGUUGUGGAAGGCCAUGAAUUGCAUGAAGAAGACAUCCGCCUCCUGUACACGUUUGAUCAGGCCACAGGUGGGACUGCGCAGUUUGAAGCACAUUCAGAUGCUCAGGUCCUGGUUCUUUUAGAUGUCACCCCUGACCAGUCAAUGGUAGAUGAAGGGAUGGCUCGAGAAGUCAUCAAUCGAAUCCAGAAACUUCGCAAAAAGUGCAGUCUGGUUCCAACUGAUGAAAUAACAAUUUAUUAUAAAGCCACAUCUGAGGGAAGGUAUCUGAAUAAUGUCAUUGAAGGCCACACAGAGUUCAUACUUUCCACUGUAAAGGCUCCUUUGAAACCAUAUCCAGUUCCUACAUCAGAUAAAAUACUUAUUCAAGAAAAAACGCAGUUAAAGGGGUCUGAACUGGAAAUUACACUCACCAAAGGAUUAUCCCUGCCUGGUCCUGCUUGUGCAUAUGUCAAUCUAAACAUUUGUGCAAAUGGCAGUGAGCAAGGUGGAGUAUUGCUUCUGGAAAAUCCAAAAGGGGAUAAUAGGUUGGACCUUUUAAAACUGAAAAAUGUUGUCGCUAGUAUUUUUGGAGUUAAAAAUUCAGAAUUGGCAGUCUUCCAUAAUGAAACAGAAAUACAAAACCAAACUGAUUUACUGAGUCUUAGUGGAAAAACACUUAGUGUGACUGCAGGAUCAGCUCCCUCUGUGAUCAGCAGCCCUAGUGCUCUUCUCUGUCAGUACAUCAACCUGCAGCUCCUGAAUGCAGAGCCACAAGAGUGUUUAAUGGGAACAGUGGGCACUCUUCUGCUUGAAAACCCACUUGGGCAGAAUGGGCUCACCCACCAAGGACUUCUUUAUGAAGCAGCCAAGGUAUUUGGCCUUCGGAGCAGGAAGCUAAAGCUGUUUCUGAAUGAGACCCAAACUGAAGAAAUUACAGAAGACAUCCCUAUGAAGACUUUGAAUAUGAAGACUGUGUAUGUUUCUGUAUUACCAACAACAGCAGACUCCUAACAUUUAAUUAUCAAUGUGUUUCAGUCAUCCUUUCCCUAACUUAUACCCAUGCCCUCCAUAUAUGUACACAUUCAUAGACACAUGGACACAGUGAAGAUACUUCCUUUAGGUGCAUGUAUAAUUUGCUGCUUUUGGUCUAAAAUUCAAAUGGGAUUGAUUAGUCAAGUGACUUCAGACCUCAUGGUAAAUGGUAAUGUUCAUACUUAACUGUAAACACCUAUGCAGUCAUGUUGGGAAAAGAUUAUAAUGUUACCUCAGCACCACCACAAAGUUUAUUUCUGUACUUGAGUUCUUACAUAAGUACGGGAGGUAGAAAUGGUUUUAAUGCCAUGAUGUGUUUAUGUACACAUAUAUAUGUGUGUAUAUAUAUGCAGAUAGCAUUUUGUGGCCUUUUAAAUUUAUUUCAGACCUCUCAAAGAAAUGGACCUAUUUUAUAUUUCUGCUACCUGAAUUUUCCUCAGUAAUUUGAUGAAAUAUUUUAAGUUUCAGUAAAUCACAACAAU